CAGCUGCCCAUCAUCCCUUGGAAUGGGAAGACUCCAACAGCAGCAACGGCAGCAGUGGCAAAGGCAACAGCAGGAGGAGAUGCAACUGCACCAACUGAUGGGGUCCUGGAAGCAGUCAAGAAAGUGCAGCAGCAGCAGACACAUGCUGUGAACAUGCUGAGGGCAUUUGGGUGCAUGGUGGUGUUUCAUGUGCCUAAGGAGAAAAGGGGGAAGUUGGAGGCUUCUGGAAGAUGGGGUGUGCACUUGGGGAUUGCAAAGGAUCACAAGGGGUGGCUGCUAUGGGACUUGACCACCCAGAAGUUGACACUGUCAAGGGAUGUGAAGUUUCUUGAGUCCCUGUACUACAAGGAAUGGAAGCAGCAGCAACAGAAGCUUCCAUCUACACCGCUCAUUGUGGAGGCAGAUGAGGUGCAGCAGCCUUCAAGACAGGUGGAGGUUGCAGUGUCAGAGGAGGAGAUGUCUGGGGUGACUGAGGAAGGGGGAGCAGCUGAAGUAGAGCAGCAGCAGCAGCAGCAGCAUGAGUCUCCAUCUCGAGCACAAGUAUGGACCUGAAGGGGAGCUGACCCGCUACAAGUCCAGGCUUGUGGCACGGGGGUUUCAGCAGACAAAGGGGAAGGACUAUGAUGAGGUGUUUG